AUGCUGACCCCGUGUCAUGCUGACCCCGUGUCAUGCUGUCAUGCCGACCCCGUGUCAUGCUGUCAUGCCGACCCCGUGCCAUGCUGUCAUGCCGACCCCGUGUCAUGCUGUCAUGCCGACCCCGUGUCAUGCUGUCAUGCCGACCCUGUGUCAUGCUGUCAUGCUGACCCCGUGUCAUGCUGUCAUGCUGACCCCGUGUCAUGCUGUCAUGCCGACCCUGUGUCAUGCUGUCAUGCUGACCCCGUGUCAUGCUGUCAUGCUGACCCCGUGUCAUGCUGUCAUGCCGACCCCGUGUCAUGCUGUCAUGCCGACCCCGUGUCAUGCUGUCAUGCCGACCCCGUGUCAUGCUGUCAUGCCGACCCCGUGUCAUGCUGUCAUGCCGACCCCGUGUCAUGCUGUCAUGCCGACCCCGUGUCAUGCUGUCAUGCCGACCCCGUGUCAUGCUGUCAUGCCGACCCCGUGUCAUGCUGUCAUGCCGACCCGUGA